UUUUUUUUUGUAACAGUCUCUGUUCCGAUGUAAAUCUUUUUUUACUUCGACCAACAAUGAAUCCGUAGUUUGUGUUUUUGUCAUAGUUUUUCUUUUUAAAAUGAAAAACAUAGCAGUCAAUGGGUUCUGGCUGUAGACAAAACCAUGUAUGGUUAUUAUUUUCAAGAUUUUCUCCAAUGGGUACCCCUAUCCCGCUUUCUUUUCCUUUUCCUUUUUUUAUUUAGUUACUGCGAAAGAGACACACAUAUUUUUUUUUUUUUUUGCAAUGCAUAAUCAUGUAGGCAUACCUCUUUUUUUCUGGUACUAUCAAUGCAAACCAUCGCCUGAUUUAAUCCUCAAAGUAAACGUAUAACUAUUUUUU